AUGGAGUCCAAAUCAUUCUUCAAUUUGCCACAGGCUGCCAGUUUCAACGGCAACGAGGAGACAGCUUUUUUUGGUGCUCCCCGGAAAUAUACUCGGGAAACAAAUUGGAAGACUUUCAAGGAGCAGUCAAUGAGCAAGCAGUCUCUUCUUGACGUUUUCGCCGGUACCAUUCCCGUUCUUAGGCAGAAAGAGUUUUUGUCACGACAGGAGUGCGCUAGAAUGGUUGACGUCCUCGAGUCUCACAAAAUUGCAUCUACGACCCUGAGCACGUAUGGCCUCGAGUGGGAUGUGUCGGAGGCAUACUCGCUACAAGACCGCUGGAAGAAUGAGUUAGGCAUCGAUAUCGUCCAUCGCAUUAUCCAGAGUCUCCAGAGGGCAACUGGCAUGGCAGUCCGCCGUGCCCGUGAAGCUGACCAAGACUAUUUUGCCGGCGUGAUUCGAGCGAUCGACAGCGGUAUCCAGAUCCACACCGAAUAUGCACCAUUUGAGGGCAAGGGUUGGGAGAUUGGCCGAAUAGUAGCCCAGAUGUCCUGGAACAUCUUGCUUAACCCUGUUCCCGGCGGCGACACCUUUGUCUUUGACCGGCAGUGGCAGGCACCACAAGACGAUCUAUCUUGGCGCAAAGAUUUCCCCAAGUAUGCGUAUGAUCCACGUAUGGUGGAAGGCUGCGUCUUUAAGGUUGUGAAGCCUACGCCCGGGGAUUUGUACUGGUUCAAUCCAAGGUGGGCACAAUCAUAUUGUCACAAUGCUCAACCCCGGUACUGA